AUGUGGAUUCUUAAGAAGGAAGAUUAUGAUGCAAGAGAGGUUGUUGGUAAGUUAAUAAUUUUCUAUGUCAUUCAAUGUGCUACAGCCGAGGAUUGUUCCUACCCUUAUAGGCUAUAUUGUUUAUUUUCUGCGAGGAAGAAACAAAAUAAAAAAUGUAAGCGUCCACAGCGACUAAAAGCAGAUCAAAAGUGGUCUAAUCUCAAUUCUGACGCCGGAUCAACAAAAAUGGUGAGUACAUCAGAGAUAGUGAAGAAGCUGAAUCUUCAAGCUCAUGUUGAAGGUGGAUUUUUCUGUGAAACUUUCAGGGAUCGAUCCGUUUUCCUCUCCAAAUCACAGCUACCCCCUGAAUACAAAGUUGAUCGCCCCGUUAGCACAUCAAUUUACUUCUUGCUACCAUCUGGAAGCGUGUCUAAACUGCACCGGAUUCCUUGUUCAGAGACCUGGCACUUCUAUUUGGGAGAGCCUAUAACGAUAGUGGAGCUUAAUGAGAAAGAUGGUAGUGUGAAGUUCACUUAUCUUGGUCAAGAUUUGAUGGGGAAUGAGCAAACUCAGUACACAGUUCCCCCUAAUGUCUGGUUUGGCUCGUUUCCAACCAAAGAUAUAAACGUUUCACCAGAAGGACUGGCCACUAAAGCAGUCAGUAGGGAUGCUGAGAGCCACUUCUCUCUUGUUGGAUGUACAUGUGCCCCAGCAUUCCAGUUUGAGGACUUUGAAUUGGCAAAGCGAAGUGAGCUCAUUUCGUAUUUCCCCAAGUACAAAUCUCUUAUCUUGCUCCUUACUUCUGAUGACUAAACUUUUGACUAUGUUUAUGGGCAUUGUUGGAUGAUGUCUUGUACUGUAUUAUAGUACUCUUUGUUUGUACACCAUUUUACAAUUUGCACUUA